UGGGAACGCGGGUGGGCCGGUGAGACGGUAUCCGAGGCGCGAGGCGGCCUAGGCGGGGUUUAAACGCUCAUAAUAAUAAUAAUAAUAAUAAUAAAAAUUACUGUAAUAACCGAGAGGUUUGGACAGAAAGGGAAUAUGGCGGACACAACAACACUGCGGAGUGAGGAGGAUUACAUUGGACAGAUUAAAGGAGGUCUGCGUCCUGCUAUGAGAAUCGUAGUGAUGGGCAUCAUUCACAAACAGCCAAAAAAUAUGAUGGUGACGUUGUCCUGCCCACCACGAGGAGAAGGUGACGAGGAGCAGGAGGGUGACGUGGGGUUGCAGCUGACGGUCAAGUUCACGGAAAAGGCCGUGAUCCGCAAUUCCCGAGUCAAUGGGAAGUGGGGAACAUCGGAAAACAUAAUCUCUUUCUUCCCUUUUGCUGCUGGAGAGUCUUUUAAAAUGGAGAUCGUGUGUGAGCACCAGCAGUUCCGGAUCCUGGUGGAUGGUCAGCCGUUGUGUGGAUUCACACACAGAGUGACCCCGCUGGCGUCCCUCACUUCCCUACGCGUGGGUGGAGACCUGCAGCUCACCAAAGUCGCAUGAAAACACAAGAGUUGCCAUCCAAAAAAACACCCACACAGACACUCAUACAAUAAUUGCAAACCAUUGAUGCACCAAGUUCUUUUAAGUAAAUGUCCCUCCUUUAGUGACCUGUGACUCACUGACCACUGAGCCAGGAAAAAUACACACGGAUUUUAAUGACGAAUGAAAAAUAUUCCAAAGCUACAGUCAAAUGUGAUUUAUAUUCCUGUGUAACACUCAGACCUCAUGCACACACGUAUGGAUAUUUCUGGAAGCACAUUUUUCUCCUCUGUUUAAAAAAAAAGGCCACAAUUUUUUCAGGUAUCUCUCUCCAAUCCACACCGGAAUGUAAAGGGCUUACGUGAGCAUGCCAGGCCAGUAGGUGGCAGUAAUGCGUUUUCUACCACAGCACUAUCGAAUUCUCGAAUAUGUGUAAUCGUAAUCAUUGAUGUGGUGAAAAUUUCUGUAAGGAGACAUUUAUUUAACAUUUAUGGAAGGAGUCUCCAGUAUCAGCAAGGGAACAGUUGUUUAUAGCAGAUAUAGCGUAAGUGAAAACUGGAACUAACUUGUUUCACAGAUGUUCCACAACUAUAAUGUGUAAUAAAAAGAAUGACACAUCAUUUGUUAAUAAAUAAAACAGUAAUCAUUGGGAUAUUGCUGUGGUGUAACGAGCGUCGUGCCGGGCCGCAUUACACCAUCGUGUUGUUACGUAUUUUCCUCUAACUGCACACAGCGUACUGUACUAUUCCUUACAUAAUGUCAUGCGUACUGUAUAUUGUGCAAUAUAUAGGCUAAAAACAAAGGACUGACGUGUUAGAAAACAAACAGUGAUGCAAUAGAGUGAGAAUAAAGUAAGGCUAGUAAAGAGUCUUGGCACAUACC